GAGUUUCAUGGAGUAAUGAGAUUCUACUUUCAAGAUAAAGCAGCUGGAAAUUUUGCAACAAAAUGUAUCCGUGUCUCUAGUACUGCCACAACUCAAGAUGUGAUAGAAACUCUUGCAGAGAAGUUUCGACCAGACAUGCGAAUGUUGUCGUCACCUAAAUACUCGCUUUAUGAGGUGCACGUCAGUGGAGAAAGAAGAUUAGAUGUAGAUGAGAAGCCUCUUGUUGUACAAUUAAACUGGAACAAAGAUGAUCGAGAGGGAAGAUUUGUUCUCAAGAAUGAAAAUGAUACUCUUCCUCCAAAGAAGACUCAGAGUAAUGGCCCUGAAAAACAAGAAAAAGAGGGAGUAAUUCAGAAUUUCAAACGAACUCUCUCAAAAAAAGAAAAAAAAGAAAAAAAGAGGCGUGAAAAAGAGGCAUUGCGACAAGCAUCAGAUAAAGAUGAUAGACUUCUUCAUGGGGAUGAUAUUGAGAAUUCUCGCCUUGCAGCUGAGGUUUACAAAGAUAUGCCUGAGACCAGCUUCACUCGCACAAUAUCCAAUCCCGAGGUGGUUAUGAAACGGCGGCGACAGCAAAAACUGGAGAAGAGAAUGCAGGAAUUUCGCAGUUCUGAUGGCAGACCAGACUCGGGUGGGACACUGAGAAUUUAUGCAGACAGUUUAAAACCAAAUAUACCAUACAAGACAAUCCUGCUGUCCACUACGGAUACUGCAGACUUUGCAGUUGUCGAAGCACUGGAAAAAUAUGGUCUGGAGAAGGAAAAUCCCAAGGAUUAUUGUAUUGCUCGUGUCUUGCUGCCUCCUGGUGCUCAGCACUCCGAUGAUAAAGGUGCUAAAGAAACUAUUCUUGAUGAUGAUGAGUGUCCACUGCAGAUAUUCAGGGAGUGGCCUAGUGAUAAAGGAAUACUAGUCUUUCAGUUGAAAAGGCGGCCUCCUGAUUAUGUCCCAAAGAAAUCCAAGAAAAUAACUGAUGGAAAGCCAUUAAAGGGGAAGGAAAGAGUUGACGGGUCUGGCUAUGGCUCUUGUCUUCCUCCUGAGAAAUUACCAUACCUGGUAGAAUUAAGCCCAGGGAGAAGGAAUCACUUUGCCUACUACAACUAUCACGGUUACGAAGAUGGUUCUGACUCCAGAGAUAAGCCAAAGCUCUAUCGACUACAGUUAAGCGUCACUGAAGUUGGAACUGAAAAAUUUGAUGACAAUUCCAUUCAGUUAUUUGGUCCAGGAAUUCAACCUCAUCAUUGUGAUCUCACUAAUAUGGAUGGAGUUGUUACUGUAACCCCGAGAAGCAUUGAUGCCGAAACCUAUGUGGAAGGUCAGCGUAUUUCAGAAACCACUAUGCUGCAAAGUGGAAUGAAGGUUCAGUUUGGGUCAUCUCAUGUAUUUAAGUUUGUGGAUCCCACUCAGGACCAUAUUAUUCCUAAAAGACCUAUUGAUGCAAGUCUUAUGGUCAAAGGUCCAAGACACAAAGCUGGAGCUGUUCAGGAAACCACAUUUGAUCUGGAAGGAGAUGUUCACAGUGGAACAGCAUUACCAGCGAGCAAGAGCACCAGCAGGCUUGAUGGUGACAGGACAUCAUCAGCAUCCAGCACAGCUGAACGAGGAAUGGUGAAGCCGAUGAUUAGAAUAGAACAGCAGCAAGACUACCGCAGACAGGAAAGCAGAUCUCAGGAUACCCAUGGACCAGAACUUAUACUACCUGCCAGUAUUGAAUUCAGGGAAAGCUCUGAAGAUGCCUUCUUAUCUGCCAUUAUAAAUUACACAAACAGCUCGACAGUUCAUUUUAAGCUAUCACCCACGUAUGUUUUGUAUAUGACGUGUCGGUAUGUAUUGUCAAGCCAGUACAGACCUGACAUCACUCCUACUGAGCGUACUCACAAAGUCAUUGCAAUAGUCAACAAGAUGGUGAACAUGAUGGAAGGAGUUAUACAGGAGGUAGACCAGGUUGAUCAGAAACAGAAGAAUAUUGCUGGGGCACUGGCCUUUUGGAUGGCAAAUGCAUCCGAAUUACUGAAUUUCAUAAAGCAAGAUCGAGAUCUUAGCAGAAUUACUGUGGAUGCACAAGAUGUUCUGGCACACUUGGUUCAAAUGGCAUUCAAGUACCUGGUUCAUUGUCUGCAAUCAGAGCUUAGUAACUACAUGCCAGCAUUCCUUGACGAUCCAGAGGAAAAUAAUCCUCAGAGGCCUAAAAUAGAUGAUGUGCUGCAUACAUUGACCGGAGCUAUGUCCCUCUUGCGACGAUGUCGAGUGAAUGCUGCUCUGACUAUACAGCUCUUCUCCCAGCUGUUUCAUUUUAUCAACAUGUGGCUUUUUAACAGAUUGGUUACGGCCCCAGAUUCAGGGUUAUGUUCACAUUAUUGGGGAGCUAUUGUUCGUCAACAGUUGGGCCAUAUUGAAGCCUGGGCAGAAAAACAGGGUUUGGAAUUGGCUGCUGAUUGCCACCUGAGCAGAAUAGUGCAG